UAUUUCGCCCAACUUCACACGCCUUCCAUAUUCAUUCGGCCGCCUUCCAUGUGUCGCGCGUGUUCGCUCCUUCCUAGUCCUCGGUGCGCGAGGCAUCGCACGCCUCGUCCAUCUCGCACGCGUGCAUGUCCUCUCGCCUCGAGGCUUAAGGCCUCGCGCCCUGCGUGCGCCAUUCCUAUUCCUUGUAGGAUUGUGCUUCGAGCCCAUAUCCACUAUUCCUAUUCCUACUAGGAAUAUGCUCCCGGCUACGUUUCCUGAUCUUCCGAGGAAUACUCCCGUCACUAAUAUUUUCCGCGCGUUCCAACGGUCAACUGCUUUUUCUAGUCCUGUGGGGUUCAGUAUUCGCGCCUUGCCUAUUCCUACUAGGAUUAGGCUUGCCAGCUUAUUUUUGCAUUGUGCCUCGUGCGCGUCGUCGUGCGCCCCGCACUCGUCGCCUAGCACUCCUAUGCCUACGCGGUCUAGGACAUCACCCGCGUUGCCCCACGUGUCGCAGUCCAUCGCCCGCGCGUCUCCGUGCAUGCUACGCAUGCCCAGCGUCCUGCGUACUGCACCUCGCUCGUUUAUCGCGCGCCUAUGCACGCUUAGCACCGCCC